AUGUCUGAGCCCAUUGUGGUGUUGGAUAGAACCACUUCAGCAACUGGUUCUCUUGUGGAAACCUACAUCCCCGUCGAAGAUUAUGAGAAUCUUGACGUCUUGGACUCGUUUCUGUCAGACAUGUAUGACAACCAGGACUUUAAGGUUACUACCGAUGGCGAAAAGUACGCAGUCUACGCCAAAGACCCUAACGACCUGGCCGAAGUGGAGCAGCAUAUUAAGGAAGGGAAGCAUUUGAGGGUGAGUCGUCCGCAUUGUGAUGACGCAGGAGAGCAGAUUAUUCAUACUCCGGAGUAA